AAUGGAGACACUACGCGACAAUUAUAUAAAAUAUAUAAACCAGGAGAAAAAAUAUAAAAGUGGUUCUGGUGCUACAAAAAGGAAAAAAUACCACUUCGCUGAUAUGUUAUCGUUUUUGAAACCAAAUUUAGAGAGAAGAAGUACAUCGGGAAAUUUUACAAAUGACACACAAGUUGAUCAACAGGUUUCGGAUACAGAUGACCAAGUUGAUGAUCAUAAUGCAUUAUUGGACACAUCACAACAACUAGAUAUGUCCACCACAAGCGCACAAAAUACCCUUCCGAGUACUUCGAAAAAAAAUAAAAAAAAUACGAAAAUGACUGAUUUUCAAAGCAAACUUUUGAACCACCUUGAAAAACAAGAAACUACCGACGCAGAUGAACAUUUUUUAAAAUCUUUACUUCCCGAAGUAAAGAAAUUGAGUGAAAGUAAAAAAUUGGACUUUAAAGUGUAUGUGCUGAAAUUUUUUCAAAAUGAAUCUCGUCCACAAAAUUAUAAUUAUUCUUAUCCGACUGCAGUCUUUCAACAACAAAAUAAUACUCCAUAUUUUCAUCCCGGGUUAAAUUCAUUAAAUUCGUCUUCUCCAAUGUUAUAUCAACAAGCAUCUCAAUCACAAAGUUCAAUAGAUACUCUACACCACAUAACAUAUUCUGAAUCAGUUCCUACAAUCAAUAUUCCCAACUGCAACCACCUUCUGAAAACAUACCACUUUAUCAACCAAAGUCACAACUGUUUACUCCACAUAAUCUCCAUGAUAGUAAUCAACACAUUUAAAAUAUAUCAAUAAAUAUAUUUUCAAAA